GGAAAAACACAGCUUGAAACAUACAGUGGCAACCUAACUUUGGCAAAAAAUUUCGUUUGGGCGGAUUAAAAGGAGGCAAAGUGCCUAUUCGUCUGACACUUCUGCUUGCCUUCUCGACGGCGAAGUCCAAACCUAGGAGAACUUCCCUGAACAGCCUCCAACACUUCAGAAUUAACUCUGUCAAACACAAGCAAAAUGGCCUCUUCAACCCACGACCAUCAACUAAGCAGCUACGAGCCUGAGCUCAAGAAAGACGAUAGCGACUCGAGUCAAGUUGAGAGCGAAAAAGCCGAAACUAAGGAGGCCUCGUCGAAAGAUCCCAAUGUGAAGCCGCCGUACUCUUACGUCGCGCUGAUCGCGAUGGCGAUUCGAGAGUCUUCAGAAAAGCGGUUAACCCUCAAUGGAAUUUACCAGUACAUUAUCAGUAAGUUUCCGUUUUACGAGAAGAAUAAGAAGGGAUGGCAAAAUUCCAUACGGCACAAUUUGUCACUCAAUGAGUGUUUCAUUAAAGUUCCCCGAGAAGGCGGCGGGGAGAGAAAAGGAAACUACUGGACCUUAGAUCCAGCUUGCGAGGAUAUGUUUGAGAAAGGUAACUACAGGCGCCGGCGCCGCAUGAAGAGACCUUACCGGCAACAAACUCUGCAGCACACCAACGGAAUGCUAACAGAUCCGCGCGCGGCAGCGUAUGGAAACUUCAUCGCUCCCAAGUGGUCAGCUUAUAAUCCAGUUCAAAGUGUACCUACUGCAGGAGGAAACUGGCGAACUGCUCAGCCUGCUGGCCCUCUUUCGUACCCGUGCAACCCGCAAUCGUCUAGAGUUCCACCGGGGUAUGCGGUUGCACCCUACAUGAACAUGGGAUCAACUGUUGGAGUCCCAGUCAGCUCAUACACAGGUACGCAGUAUUCUACACAAAUCCAGAACCCCGUGAAUAAUCAAUGUGGGUACGGAGCCGUGGCAAUGCCCAGUGUAGGUUGUCGCAGACAAACUGAUCAUACAGCCGCAGUGCAUGGCCAUCAUUUUACUAAUCCGUACUGGAAUCCACCUGACAAGCAUUCAUUUGACGCUCAACCACGUUCAUAGGGUAAACGUGUGCGAGAGAUUAUUGACUGAAAAAACGUUUCUACGAUCUAGAGAUUUUAUUUAUAUGAGAACACAUAAGAAUUAAUCUUGGACCUGACUGCAAAUAGAGAAAGAAAAGUACGGAAAAAAGCCUCUUAAAAAAAGCAAAAAAAAAAGCGAACUAACAAACUCGAGAUGUACGCUCCAAAAUUAUAGAGAUUUCAUGUAAUAUUUGAGUAUUAUAUUUACUUUAAUCAUUAAAUCAGAAGCCCCUUGAUAUGGUAUCUGGGCAUUCCAACCAGUUCAGCAGUUGACCUUCCAAACAAAUCAAAUUGUACCAAAUCUAAUAUUAUCUACGAUAAAGGAAAAAAAGGAAAUGAAAAUUCUCCUAAGAUUUAUUCUUAUUGCGCACGUUUUCGAAUGCUCGAAGUUCAAACUGAAAGUUGACGAGCUAGUAAAUUCAUUAGGUACACUUUUGUGAACUGUUAUUAGUGUAGAGUUUCUACUUCAGCGUGAAUGCGUGAAACGCCAAUGAUCUCUUUUGCCGCGUGAAGUCUUUUAGCUUUUAACUGUAACUUGCAGUUACACUUUCAACAAAGAGGAUUUUGUCGAUCUGUUCAAUCCAUUUUAGAAUUUUGAGGAAGUACCUCUAGUGUUUGUUGACUUUGAUUUUGAAUAAUUUCUCGAACCGGCGGUUACUCGCCACUUAAAAAGGUUCAAGGAUGAAAUGGAAGAAACGAACUUUUUGAAAAUAAUUUAUUUGCCGAUGCGGCAUUGUCACUGUCUUUUCUAUGCCUUCAAAGAAAAUAAACUCAUAG